GUUUGAUUGGCUCGUGAUCUAAAUAUACUCGAGACUUUCAAGAUCAGCUUAUAUAGAAUGAAACUCAUAUGAUAUGUCUCAAUGUACAUAUCACUUAACACAAUAAGAAGACUUGUAUCAUCAACAAAAAUACUUCCUAGAUUUUAUGACAACUUAGGAAUACGCAUGCGCUCGGCAGUGACGAUUUUCAAGAACAAUUUGAUAAAACAAUCAGCGGUUGUAAUUAGGACAACGGGUGCACAAUGGGGGAUGUGGCGGGGCGCAAAUAGGAUUGACUUAGAAGAAGUGAAACGAAGAUCAGCAAUCACAAAUCUACACAAAGUACAAGAGAGAAGGUCUUCCUUAAAAUUUGAUGAUGUAAAAACAAUGACAACUGACCAACUCUAUGGUAGCUCAGUGAAACAAAUGAUGGGCACAAACUAUAAACACACACCCACAUCUCUUUACACAGCCUUAAGGCCAUUGCUUUAUGUUAUGAAAGUGCUCGGACUCUACCAUUCGAGAGAAUGGGGUGGAAAGGCAGUGCAUGUGACGCCUUCAAUGGUGUACUCUAUUUUGAUAAACCUUUUACUCUGGGCUAAUGUGUUCAGCGUCUGUCUCAGGAAAGAAUUCAUGAACUUUGCCUUGAAGUUCCGUCUAGCUACCUCCGCCAGUGGCAUCUUCGAAGGAAACAUCGAGGCGUUCCGAAGGGAGCAUUUGGUUUUGUGCAAACUUGUGAGCACGGCGGAUGGCUUGAUCAAUGUCUUCACGCUUCAGGUCUUCGGAACAGGGGUGCCCCUAGUCUGCUUCUUGAUCUACAAUCUGAUGUUUGAGGAGGACAGGAACCUAGUGGUUUUUCUCAUGAAACUCUACUGGUUCAUCACCGCCACAGGGAAAUUGUUUAUCACCAUCGGGUUUGCCAGUAUGCUCAACGUUGCUGGCUGUGCACCUAAAGGGAACCUGCAUGGGAUGAAUCUUGGUGUAGGUGCUAUGAACUCUGGGAAAAUGGUUCAGAUAAGUUUAUUUUUGAAUAAGCUAACACAGGGCCAAAUUGGUUUCACGGGAUGGUAUUUGUUUGUUGUCACAAGAAGUACACUCAUAUCAGUUUUCAUCGCAAUUCUGGGCUACAUGAUUGUAUUGUGGAAACUUGGAACAGGGUUUAACCCGCUAGCAAGACCAACGUGCACCUGUAAUUGUGCUUACCCGUCUGUGGAUUACGCAUUUAAUAGAACCAUAUAUGGAUCAUUUAGGCCGAACGAACCCAAUCCUCCAAUGCCAAGCUAACAUACUAGGACUGUCAUAUGAAACCUGGUCGUUAUUUGCUCUACACAAGAGUAAAGCACAGUUUUUAAGAUUCUUUAAAUGCCCAAUAUAUUUAAUUAAGAAGAAAAACGGAGAAAAUAAUCAUUGAAACAUGUUACUACCACACUGACUCAAAUAUUGCACAAAACUUGAUUUGCUUCAAUAUUAAAAAUUGAACCAAGAAAAAAAAUUACUCACAUAGAAAACAGUAUUUGAAGUUCAGAUGCCAUUGGAAGUGC